UGGCUUACGAGGAAAUGAAAUCCCGCUACAAUAUCUACCAAGGUCGUAAUGCUGAUUACCGUUUGAAAUCACUGGAAUAUAUCGUGUUUGCGGCGUUAUCAAAAAUUAUAGCUGCCAGUACAACAUAUCCUUACCAAGUGAUACGAUCAAGACUCCAAGACCAGCAUAGAGAUUACGGUGGAAUCCUUGAUAUCAUCAGUCAGAUCUUUCGGUAUGAGGGAUUUCAAGGCUAUUACAAGGGUUUUGGAAUCUACCUCUUACAUGUGACGCCGAACAUAUGUAUUGUGUUUCUCCUCUACGAAUAUGUGACAGCCUGGAAUAAAAACAGACAUUUGAAUGAUGCAGACCAGAAGGAAAAAUGGAGUUGAUGAACACCUACAUCCGAGUUUUCAGGAUGUUCAAAGUGAAUGUCCACGAACAGAGGAAUUUCCAUGAAUCUGGUUUAAAGUGAGUUUGAUCCAUACUGGGGAGUUUGGAAGACCACAAAUGGUUCAAAUUAAACUGCAGGAAAAUGAAGAGUGAAAGAUCUGAACAUUAUUGAAGACCACUGAUGUGACGAGUUUCAAGAAUUCAGGAUUUCUGAAUGAGGCCAGCAUUUAACACAUCUUUUCUUAACAUAACAUGGAAAUGAACUAGACAAUUUGAAAGUGAUAUAUGUUUUACAGGCAUGAAUGAUUUGUGCAAAUGCUGGAGUAAACAAAUUAUUUUGUGCAAGAAAUACAAAGCUGUGAUAAAAUGAGUGAAAUUUUUUUGAAAUAAUUCUAGAGAGCGAUAUCAUUUUUGGAUGUUUUUCACACUUGGCCUAAAGAGUAAGGGUUGAAGGUCCUAGUUAGUUUAAGCUAUAGCAUGAUGCCCAUCAUCCAAUUGUUGUCAACUUUUCCCCUUUAAACAGCUUCUUUUCAAUAACCAAAAGGCCUAGAAUUGUGAUAUUUGGCUGGAAGGUUUCUGAGAGUUUUAUAAAAAGAAAUAAGCUUGAACAAUAUUCAAGGUCACAGGGGUCAAAUUUGUUGAAACCAUCUCUUCUCAUUAAUUAGGACAAGUACCAGCAAGGGGAGCAAUGCAGGCCCAUUACGCCUCUUGUUAAAAUUGUUGUAUUUUGUUUCAGAUAUUGAUUUGAAUUUUUUCUUAUUUUUUGAGACUUGGUUAGCAUUGACAAUCUUCCAUUGUAAACAUUCCUUUUUAACUUGAUGAGGUCUUUGUGUUUAUCAUGAAUUCCUAACAGUUUGACUAGUCAGAGUUAUAGACACAAGGGAGCAAUAUCUGAACACCUUUUGUUGUACACAUUAGAAUUACUGGACUGGUUGAGUUACCUGGAAAUUUACCUGCUAUGUUUUCUCAUUUUUCUUUAAUAAUUAUUAUUAUCAUGAGAGUUUCUUUACACUCCUG